AUGAACAGCGAAAAGGAGGUAAUAAUUAACAAGGAGAAGAGACCAGGCGAUCAGGAGAAAGGCACAAAACGUCUAAGCAAGGAAACAACAGUCAAAAGAAAGGAAACGAAAUGCAGAGAGAAUAAGAGAACAAGACGAGAAACACAAAGAAGGGAGCAA